CCCCGAUUUCAGCCGCGCCGGGCAGGGCUCUGCGCAGCGGCGCCCCGUCCCCGGCGGGGACCUGCCGCAGCCCGGGGCCGCCCGGGGCGGGCCGGCGGGGCCGGGCUAUAAAGGCACCGGCAGCUCCGCCGGCGGCAGCCGUCGCCCGCGAUCAGCCGCCGCCGCCGCCGCCUCCUCGCCCCUCCCGGAGCCGCCGUGGGAAACCAGCUACUUUGCCUGUGGGCUGACACCCUCAAAGGGGAAAAGACCAGCAUGAAGGAGACAAAAGGAGAAAAUGCCAAGAGUUGGCAGGACCAGACCGCAAGGAGGGGCAAGUGCGACCUGACCGGCUGGUGGGAGAACGACCUGGGCUCGCAGAUGCACAUCUUCAGCGUGAACAGCCAGGGCGACUUCAGAGGCGAGUACCACACCGCUGUCUCGAGCGCCCAAAAGCCAAUCAAGCCUUCACCCCUCCACGGUUCCCAGCACUUGGACGAGGACGGACAAUGCACGUUUGGCUUCACCGUCAACUGGAAGAGGUUUUCUGACUCCACCGCCGUCUUCGUGGGCCAGCGCUUUGUGGACGCCAGCAAGCAGGAGGUCUUGCAGACAGCCUGGCUCCUGCGGGAGAAGGUCGACUCCCUCCAGGAUGACUGGAAAGCCACCAGGGUCGGCCGCAACGUCUUCACUCGGAUGAACUUCAAGGAAGAAUGAAAAGCCUCUCUGACACCAUCUCUGCCAGCCUAGGAGGGAGAGGUGCUGUCGCACAGGUCACAGCAGCACCUGCCAUGAAGGAUUUGUCCCUUCACUUGUCAUUUCUCACACUCAUACUUCAGUAUUUGCUGGCUCCCCAGCCUUGUCCCUGGCCAGGGGGACCUGGUGGGCCGGUCUGCAGCAUCAGCUGUGCGCCGAUGCCACCGGGGACUCGGCAGGAGCUCUGCUCAAGCUGGUCUGAGCUCCUUCAGCUAGAAGCUUCUUCCAAACCAGGAGCAUCGGAGACAGGAUGGGAACAGCCUGUGUGCCCCAGCUCUUCUCUAGCUGGGACCUGGGUCUCAGCUGAGGCGCUUGCUGUGCUCAGAGCAAGGAGAUUUGCUCAGCUGCUUGCUGCCUCCAAACCUCAUCUGUUGGGGGUGACCCUCAUCCAGACAUGGGGCCUUGUAGCAUAUCUGAACAGCUCUCGCCUGUCUGGAGAAACCAUGACAGAGUCGAAUCUUUUCUCUGAUAAGCUUCUUACAGAGCACUCAGGAGCUGCCCCGUCAUAUCCCUCGUUCCCCUUCUCAUGGGGACUCGUGCGGGUGCUGCCACACUGCGUGGUCCGACACAUACCAUCACCACCUCUGCACAUCAGAGCUCUUGUGGGCAUGCAGCAUGAGUGUCUUCUUAAAAAUGCCUUUUUGGUGCCUUCGCAGUCACCUCCAAAACAGUCUCAUGAGUGAUCGCUGCCCUGGAGUGUCCCCAGAUGGGUCAUCUAGGGCAUGCAUGAUCCCUCUCUUGUCAAGGUUGGGCACCCCCCACCUGGCUCCCCCGGCCCCCAGGCUGUCUGCAAGUGCCUGCACUUGCCUGCCCCAUCCCAGCCAGGCUCACACAAGGUGUCUCUCCGAACCUGCACGUCUGGUGACAUGGCACCGGUGCGCCCACCGCCAAAAUCUGCAUGCACUCUCCCACAGUGGGAAGUGCGUGUGGGGGAGCGUCGCGCUGUGGUGCAAGUUCUGCUCUGAGGCUCUUUUCAGCUUUGGUGAAAAAGGCUCCAAAAGUGGAAUAAAAUGAUUUUUUUUUC